AUGGCCUAUCUAUCGAUAUCACGGCUCAGCCCUCUGAUCUUCUGCGAGACCCAUCCUACAAGCUUCAGCCAUGACCGCUUCUCAUCCUCCACUUUCCCUGGUACUAUAACCAGGCGCGUCGUCCAAGACUUUCAGUUGCUCCUCACCUCGAGGCGUAAUUCUAUGUUGGAUUCUUGUUGA